GGCGAAAUUUGCAUUGCGGGAUCUCGAGUUUUUGUUCAAGAAGGAAUUUAUGAUGAGUUCAUAAAAAAAAUUGAUGAAAGUCUUAAGGAUUGGGUGGUUGGAGACCCUUUUGAUUCAAAUGUUCAUCAAGGACCUCAAGUCGAUAAGAAACAAUUUGAGAAGGUUCUUCGAUACAUAGAGUCUGGUAAGAGGGAUGGUGCGACCCUUUUGACGGGCGGAAAGGCUUGCGGCAAGAAAGGGUACUAUAUCGAGCCUACCAUAUUCACCGAUGUUAAGGAGGACAUGUUGAUAGCUAGGGAAGAAAUAUUCGGGCCGGUGAUGUCUCUCAUGAAGUUCAAGACGAUUGAGGAAGCGAUUGAGAAGGCAAACAACACCAUAUAUGGGCUGGCCGCCGGGAUCGUUACUAAUGAUUUAAACAUCGCAAAUAGAGUUUCAAGAUCGAUUCGAGCCGGCAUGAUAUGGAUCAACUGCUACACCGCUUUCGAUCGAGAUUGCCCCUACGGCGGCUACAAGAUGAGCGGAUUUGGUAGGGAGUUAGGGUUACAUGCAUUGGAGAAUUAUCUUCAAGUGAAGAGUGUGAUCACUCCAAUUUAUGAUUCUCCUUGGCUUUAAAAGUUUUUUAUUUCAUAAAAUUAAAAAAAAAA